AUUGCUAAUAAAAGUUGUUUCUGGUCAUUGUGGUUGUUCUUUUUAAGUUGUAAACAUAGCUUUGGGAUACGUUCUUGUGCUGCGUGGUAUGUUUUUUAAAUCAACGUUUGAAUUAUUGUGGCUACCUGACGGUUUAUUUUGAAAGUGCCCUUACAGGAAGUGUUUGUCUUUAUUUGCGGAAGGGAAAAUCAAAGGUCAUCUGGAAAGGCGACGUUUAUUUAGCUCCUUAGCUAAAUAAAUACAACCGUUUGCCCAAAUUGCUCGCGCUCGAUUGACAGUAAAUCUGGUAUACAAUGUGGUAUGAGAUUCUCCCCUGCCUUGGCCUCGUAUAUGGAUGUCUUACGUUACCAGGACACGCCACUAGGCUAAUCCAUUGGUUCACUUACGAUGGAAAGGAAAAAAGAAACCUUCGGAGGAAGUGGCUGUGGUACCUGAUGGAUAGAGACACGCGAGUGUCAAAAACAGGCAUUUAUUAUGAGGCAAAGGGUCUGGAGAACAUCCACUGAGGACAAGCAAAAUUAAAGACAUGUUAAUAAAAAAUAUACCUAUCAAUCA